ACCACCACCAUCGACCUCUCAGCUCAGACACCAAAGAACAGAACAGAAACCUAGCCAAUUAACACCAUGAAGGCGAUCCUCGCUGCCCUGGCUCUCCUGGCCCUCGCCGUGAGCGCCACCUCCACGCACACGUGCCCGUGCCAUCAGCAGCCGCCGCCGCAGACGUAUCCCCACCAGCAGCCGCCGAUCCUGACCCAGUGCGGCGAGCUGCUGAGGCAGCAGUGCAGCCCGACGCCGACGCCCUACUGCUCGCCGCAGUGCCAGAUGCUCCGGCAGCAGUGCUGCCAGCAAAUCAGGCUGGUGGAGCCCCAGCACCAGUACAACGCCAUCUACACCAUGGUCUACCAGAUGGUGCAGCAGCAGCAGCCGCCCUACGGCGGCGGGGUCCAGGGCCAGCAGGUGGGGGUGGUGGCGGCGCAGAUCGCGCAGCAGCUGACGGCGACGUGCGGCAUGCACCAGCAGCCUCCCUAUGGCGGCGUCCCCUACUGAUUGAUGAACGGAUAAGUGAUGUAAUAUGUGUGGCCGCUGGCGAGCUAGCUAUGGGGUAAUAAAGUGUCAUGCAUCACACCAUGUGUGAGCGAUGACACGAAUAAUUCGAAAGAUAUAAUUCCUUUACCAUGUUAACGAUCGAGAUCCUUGUUUUGCCAGUGAUAA